AUGGCGGACCCAUUCAAGGCCCGGACGCUGAAACGCAAGAACGUCAAAGGACUGGCCCUCAAUGCGGCCCCUCCGCCCGCCGCCAACGGUUCCGAUGGCGAUGCACAAGUCCCUGGGGCGAUUGGAAACAGUGAAAGCAACCGCACAGAUACCCUGGAAAUCGGCUUGGAAUUCCGCCUUGAUCUUCGCAGCGAGGACCUGGUCACAUUAAAGGAACUGGGCGCAGGAAAUGGAGGCACAGUGUCCAAGGUGAUGCACGCAUCCACCAAGGUGGUAAUGGCUCGAAAGAUCAUUCGUGUCGAAGCCAAAGAGAAUGUGCGGAAGCAGAUUCUGCGGGAACUCCGAGUGGGACACGACUGCAACUGUCCCAAUAUCGUUACUUUUUACGGCGCGUUCCAAAACGAAGCGAGAGACAUUGUGCUGUGCAUGGAAUAUAUGGAUCUCGGUUCUCUUGACCGUGUUUCCAAGGACUUUGGUCCCGUGCGAGUUGAUGUGCUAGGAAAGAUCACAGAGUCCGUGCUGGCUGGUCUGGUCUAUCUCUACGAAGCUCACCGCAUUAUGCACCGUGAUAUCAAGCCCUCUAAUAUAUUGGUCAACUCCCGUGGUAACAUCAAGCUUUGUGACUUUGGUGUUGCUACUGAGACUGUCAACUCCAUUGCCGAUACAUUCGUUGGCACUUCCACAUACAUGGCUCCCGAGCGAAUCCAGGGAGGCGCAUAUACGGUUCGUUCCGAUGUAUGGAGUGUGGGAUUGACAGUCAUGGAGCUGGCUGUCGGAAAGUUCCCCUUCGACCAUUCCGAUUCGGCUGCUGGAAACCGUGCCAGCGCUGGACCGAUGGGUAUCCUUGAUUUGCUCCAGCAAAUUGUCCACGAGACUGCACCUAAGCUGCCCAAGAGUGAUGCUUUCCCGCCCAUCCUGCAUGACUUUGUUGGAAAAUGUCUUCUGAAGAAGUCCGAGGAGCGACCGACACCACGUGAAUUAUAUGACAAGGAUGCUUUCUUGCAAGCUGCUAAGCGCACUCCGGUUAACCUGGAGGAGUGGGCCGUGAGCAUGAUGGAACAAAAUAACCGCAAAUCCUACCUCGGACCGCCAGCACCAAAAUCACUGCGGGAUGCUCAGACACCAACCUCAAACUCAAGCUCAUCUCCCGUUGCAGGCCCCUCUUCAACGACUAGCAGUAUUGGCAAACCCCCUCCCAUUAGCAAGUCCAGCCGGACUCCACAGCAGUCCCCAUAUCCCUCCAACUCAGCAUCAGCGGACAUUCCCCUCAAGAUGGCAAACGACCCUUCAUCCAACUCCCGCUACGUCAACUCCCAAGCUCAACCCCAAUCACAGUCUUCCCACUACUACUCAUCGUCUCGAUCCACGCGAUCUCCGCCCCCUCCUUCCCUUGAGCACCUCUCAUUGGAAUCCAAAGACGACGACGACAUCCGCGCUGGCCGCCGCCAGAUGCGCCAGCAGCUGGGUGACCGCGAUACCGCCUCUGCUCUUGACGGUCAAUCCCGCCCAUUCAUGAGCCCACGCUCCGCAAGCUCUAACAAUAUGAGUCCCCGCACAAACCUGGGCCCGGCAUCGUUGCCCCUACGUGCUGCUCCUCCGAGUGGACCCCCUCCGCCUCCACCUGUUUCAGCGGGUGGAAACUGGCGUAGCCAGCCGGGUUCAACGCCUCGAUAA